GUUCUUAACCAUUGUUGAAUGAAAACUAUCAAUCUUGCCCAAGCACUAAUAUUGUGCUGUUUCAAACUGUACCCCAAAUGACUCAAAUCUUUUUCAGAAAUCAGAAUGAGACGGACCACUUAGUUCAAAUGACCAAUGUCCAAGUGGGUCCUUCCAUCUCCAUGGGCACGUGAAGCCAGAAAGACCAUUCCAGCAAAACCUCAUUUCCUGCCCAUUUACACUUCAAUCAUCAAUCAUUCAUUUCCUUUUUCAGUGGUUGAACAUGAUUUGACACUUUACAUGUGACUGAUCAGUCCCAACAGUUACCAUUUACGGAGCAGCAUGUGCAAUAUCACUCAGAGAUAGAGUUUUUCAAUGGUUCACAUCAUUACUAUAUCAACCUUAAAGAGGAGCUUAAUGCUUAACUCAGAGUCAAUUUGCCCAUUUUAGGACAAGGAAUGAGUUUAUUUCAUCAGGAAGAGCUUGUUUUUCUUCACCACUUUGAACAUUUUUGUUUCUUCACCUCUUCCUAGGAUGCUCCACAUUUUGAUACAAUAGAUGAUCUGAAGUGUCUCUCCUUAAGCUUCGACUUCCAUUUAUCUAUAUAUACAGUGUGAUGUUUGAACUGUGAUUCAUUACAUCUUCAAUCUUCCUUUUUCUUAAUCUGUUGACUGCCUCAAGGAAAGCUAAAGAUGAUUAAUCUACCUAGGAACAAGCUUGUCUUCCUUGUACAGAACCAUAUCGAAAUUAUGAUGGUUGCAGUGUUCUCCUUAGGAGUAAUGCUUAUUGUCCAAAAAGCAUUGAGAAGAUUAACAAGUGAGAAAAGUGUUAUUCCUGGUCGUCUGGGGUUGCCGCUUCUGGGUGAAACCUUCUCUUUUCUAUCAGCCACUGGUAGUACAAAAGGAUGCUAUGAUUUUGUGAGGCUAAGACGACUGUGGCAUGGGAAAUGGUUCAAGACAAGGAUAUUUGGCAAGGUCCAUGUGUUUGUCCCAACUACUGAUGGAGCAAAAACGAUUUUCGCUAAUGAUUUGGUGCUUUUCAAUAAGGGUUAUGUGAAAUCAAUGGCAGAUGUUGUAGGCAAGAAGAGCUUGCUAUGUGUUCCUCAAGAGAGUCACAAAAGGAUUAGGCGUCUUCUAUCAGAUCCUUUCUCCAUGAAUUCUUUGUCCAAGUUUGUCAUGGAAUUCGACAACAUGCUGUACCAAAGACUCAACAAAUUAGAAGAAGGGGGGAAAAGCUUUGUAGUGUUCGACUUCUGUAUGAAGAUAGCAUUUGAUGCAAUAUGCAACAGGCUAAUAAGUGUCACCGAGGCUCCCUUGCUACAAGAGAUUGAGAGAGACUGUACGUAUGUUUCCAAUGCUAUGUUGUCAUUUCCUCUCAUGAUCCCUGGCACCAGAUACUACAAAGGUAUCAAGGCAAGAAAACGUCUAAUGGAAACCUUUGGAGAGAUGAUUAGCAGCAGGCGAAGUGGAAAGGAGUACUCUGAUGACUUCUUGCAGUCCAUGUUACAACGGGAUUCAUACCCGCCCAGUGAAAAGCUUGAAGACUCAGAGAUUAUGGAUAACCUAUUAACACUGAUAAUUGCAGGACAAACCACCACUGCGGCUGCAAUGAUGUGGAGUGUCAAGUUCUUGGAUGAAAACGAAGAAGUCCAGGAUAGGCUAAGGGAAGAGCAACUGUCAAUAAUCAGAAACAAAGCAGAAGGAGCCUUACUUACCCUUGAAGAUCUAAACAGCAUGUGCUAUGGCUUACAGGUUGUGAAGGAAACAUUGAGAAUGUCAAAUGUUUUAUUGUGGUUUCCUCGUGUUGCACUUAAUGACUGCAGAAUUGAAGGUUUUGAAAUAAAGAAAGGAUGGCACCUCAACAUUGAUGCGACUUACAUACACUUCGACCAUAGUCUGUACAAGGACCCUAUACAAUUCAAUCCUUCGAGAUUUGAUGUAGAAGUGCCAAAGCCAUACAGCUUCAUGCCUUUUGGAUCAGGACCAAGAACCUGCCUAGGAAUUAAUAUGGCCAAAAUGACAAUGUUGGUGUUCUUAAGCCGGCUGACCAGUGGAUUCAAGUGGAGAGUCGAUGAUCGAGAUCCUUGCCUAGAAAAGAAGGCACACAUUCCUAGACUGAGAAGUGGCUGCCCCAUAACCUUAAGGACCCUAAAGAAGAGGGAUAUCAUAUAAACCGACUGGCUUCGAAGCAUAUGCUUGAAACUCAUUAAGGGCUUAUGAGAGAUACGCACAUGAUUCAUUAGAUUCGGAGUUCUGUGAUUUGUUAUCUUUCUAUGAUAAGCAGGGAGUUGCGAUGAGGAACAGUUUUCCCCUGAAACCAAUUUUCAGGUUGUGUUUGUUUUGAAGAAAAAAACCAGGUAGAAGUGUUUUCAUGAUGCCAGGAGUCCCUGGUCUGACUAUGGUCAUGACGUGUUAAGCUAUAUUGCAAAGAAACUACAUAACAUGAAAUGAAGAGGACUAGAAUUCCAGGCCCAGGCCAAUUUCCUUGAAAGAACCAUUUCAUGAAUAAAUUUGCUUUAUUUUCUGUAAGAAAAAUGGCAACAUUUUUUUCCGAUAUUUAUUUGCGCCAUGAAACUUAUUCCUUACCAACAUCAGACGUUCCAUUUCGAAAGUUGUCACAC